CUCUGGCGUGGGAGGGGCGAGCAGCCGGCGACCUGCCGCACCAAAGCGCGCCGCAGCCGGCGGGGCGCAGACGGGCUGGGGCGGGUCCAUCUGGGCGCACGGGGAGAGCGGGCAGCGGUGCGGCGCCAGCACGGGCAUCCUUAAGCUGAGGCGCGGGACGUGACUCAGGGAACACUCUUGAGCUUCGUCAUGGGAGCUGUAGUAGCUGAUGAUGGUCCAUCUGGUGUUAAAGCCCCCGAUGGAGGCUGGGGCUGGGCUGUCCUUUUUGGCUGUUUUAUCAUCACAGGAUUCUCCUACGCCUUUCCAAAGGCAGUCAGUGUCUUCUUUAAAGAACUUAUCCGGGAAUUUGGCAUUGGAUAUAGUGACACUGCAUGGAUUUCCUCCAUUCUGUUGGCCAUGCUUUAUGGAACAGGUCCACUCUGUAGCGUGUGUGUCAAUCGCUUUGGCUGCCGACCUGUCAUGCUGGUGGGUGGCCUUUUUGCCUCAAUGGGGAUGGUGACAGCCUCCUUCUGCACAAGCAUCGUUCAGAUCUAUCUCACUGCAGGUGUGAUUACUGGUUUGGGUCUGGCACUAAAUUUUCAGCCUUCGCUCAUCAUGUUAAACCGUUACUUUGACAAACGCCGACCCUUAGCCAAUGGACUAUCCGCUGCGGGGAGUCCUGUGUUUCUCUGUGCUCUCUCACCGUUGGGGCAGAUACUACAACAUGAGUAUGGUUGGCGAGGAGGAUUCCUUAUACUGGGUGGGAUGCUGCUCAACUGCUGUGUAUGUGGAGCAUUAAUGAGACCUUUGGAGCCACCCAAAAAGUCUGAAGCUACCAAAGAACCAGCUGAGAAGAAAGUGAAGAAAAAACUUCUGGAUUUCAGUGUGUUCAAAGAUGGUGGUUUUGUUAUCUACACACUAGCAGCAUCUAUCAUGGUGCUUGGCCUCUUUGUUCCCCCAGUUUUUGUUGUGAGUUAUGCCAAGGAUUUAAGAUAUCAUGACACCAAAGCAGCUUUUCUUCUGACUAUUCUGGGAUUCAUUGAUAUCUUUGCUCGGCCUAUUUGUGGAAUGGUAGCUGGUCUUAAAUGGGUUAGACCACGCUGUGUCUACCUCUUCAGUUUUGCCAUGAUUUUCAAUGGCUUUACAGAUCUCAUGGGUUCUAUGUCUGUUGAUUAUGGUGGCCUGGUGGUCUUCUGCAUUUUCUUUGGCAUUUCUUAUGGAAUGGUAGGUGCUCUUCAGUUUGAAGUUCUCAUGGCUAUCGUUGGUACUCAGAAGUUUUCCAGCGCUAUUGGUUUAGUGCUCCUGGCAGAAGCUAUGGCUGUUCUAAUCGGUCCACCAUCAGCGGGAAAGCUCCUGGAUGCAACAGGGAAAUACAUGUUUGUUUUUAUUAUUGCUGGAAUUGAAGUUACCACCUCAGCACUCGUAUUGGCCUUGGGAAAUUUCUUCUGCAUUAAGAAAAAAUCAGAAGAACCACAUACAAAAGAAGAAGCAGCAGAAAGAGAGGAAUUAAACAAAUCUGAAGACAAAACUCCUGAAGAUGCCAAGGUGGACUCUAUCGAAGUGGAGCAGUUUUUGAAAGAUGAGCCUGAAAAAAAUGGCGAAGUUGUAACUAACCCAGAAACGUGUGUGUGAGCAUGACAGGAAACCCACAAAGCGUUUAGAAAAGAAAGAUUUUCAGCACUAUUUAUUUUAGAAAUAGAACUAGUUUAGGGCUGGGCCAUCUGCUUUAUUAACUGGAGGCCGGUCAGUUUAUCAGGUCUAUCUGGAAGCUGAUUAGCUAGAAAACCUUUUAUCAGAAAAUUAGCUUUAUCAGUAAAAGGUGGAACAUUGUGGUUAUACUUUUUUAUGUAAACUAAAAAGCUUUUAUAAACAUAAGUAGAGUCUUGCUAUGCAUCACCAGAAACUUCUCCCUUGGAAGAGAUAUAGGAAGAUAUUUUCAGAAAAGCGGAAUUAUAUGCAUGUUGUCAGACAAUAUUGGUGAAAUCACUGUGUUGUGCAGCUAAACAUAGUUUCCCUUUCUGUGUUCUUUGUGAAGGGGAAAGAGUUGGAGAUGCAGAAAAAACUCAGGAACUUAAAGGUCUCCAUUAUUGAAUUUCUUACUUUUUUUUUGAUUUUUAGAUUAACUGGCUCAGCCCUAAUUUAAUUUUGAUAAUAUCUGUUACUUUGAUUUAUGUAAAUGUUAUUUCUGAGUUUUGUCUAAACCUGUAAUCUUUGUAAUUAUCAUCUGGAAAUACUGUACGUGCAAAGGCACAUCACAGAUACUGUCCUCAGCAGAUCAUAGAACUGGUAUUCCGAGGUAGCACUGAAAGAAAAGAAAAUGAGCAGAAUCGUUUCUGACAAACCAUAAGCAAACAAAGUUAGCCUACAUUUGCAUACACGGUUUUCAGUACAGUUUCCUUGCAGCACUGAAAAAUAUUUCAAGUAACAUGGAGAAGAUGGAUAUUAGGUUUAGUAGAAUGUUGUGAAAGAGUGUCCAUUUUGUAUAUAAAAGAAACAGUCCAAGUUUCCAGAUGACCUAUAAAUCAGAGCAGGUAGACUUGAGGAAGGGACUGGACUAUUUUGAAACAUGCUGUCCGUCUUUAAAAUGAAAUGCUAUCAACACAGGAAGGCCUUAACAUGAUGGGUUUUUUUGUUUGGUUGGUUGUGGGUUUUUUGUGGUUUUGUUUUAUUUUUUUUUUCCUAUUUACUCUACUUCCCUAUCCUUCUGCAUAAUCUAUGGAAGGUCAAAGGUGCCAUUUUUGCUGGUUGAGGAAACACGAUAGAACUGUUGAUCAUAUUUAUGACAGCAAUGCAUAAGAACCAAUCAAGAAUGGAGUCAGUUCUGCUACUCAUUACACAAACAGAAUGGGGAGUCUGGCCAGUCUUUAAAUCUUCUCUGACAUCGGUAUGGAGGAAGGAGAAGAAACGGAAACAGAACAGACAAGGCAGUGACAGCACGUCUGAAGAAAUGCAGAAAGGGAAAAGAUUCAUUGUGAGGAUGCUGAAUAGACAAGGAAGGUAAAAGGAAGGCAUUUUAUAUUAUCUUUUUUUUCACCCAAACACAUUCAAGAAAUGUAGUAUUUUACACAAAGUCAUGCUCCUGCAACCUACCUUUCAAGCAUGUUUAUAAAAAGCUCUCUAGGCUUUGUGACUGCAGUAACAAUUUUCAAAACAGACUAACUGUAACGGUUUCAGUUUUCUUGUUGGCAGCAAAGGACUAUCGGCCUUCAGGUACCAAAGCUGGUCCGCUUAAUAACUGAAAAACUAAAAGACCCUAAUCCAUUAAAACCCUGCAUCCCUUUUAAAAA